AAAUGUCUUUACUUGUCCACUACAAUCAAAUACAAACAAUAAAACUUCGAUACUUCAAAUAAAUGCUAAAUUAACUAAUUUGAUAACAUUUAACAAUUUCUCACUAACUAUUAGGAUGUUUAGCAUAAAUCACUGAAUAUUACGUGAUGAAGGACUACAAUUCUCAUUUGCUUAACUGACUUAUAAGAGUUCGUUUACUUACCAAAGUGCACAGUGAUAAAACUCAAAAAACACUUUGUCAUUUCCUCGUACACAAUUUUAAAAUUAUCUUCUUUCGACAUUUCAUAUAUUUAAUACAUUCAUAAUUAUCAGAAUCAGCGUUACCUCAGGAAUGUUUGUAACAAUAUGACAUCAUUUGCCAAAGCAUGUAUAGACUUUUCUAACAAUUUGAAAAAUUUACGUUUUACUAAAUCAAAUGCUACAACCACUUCUUCCACGGUCACAGUGAACAAUUCAACAGCUACAAUGACUAAGUCAUCAGUUGUUUUAAAUUUUGAAUCGGAUGCAAUAAAAAACCCCGUGACAAAUGAAUAUAUUAUUUCAGUCACUAACAGAAUUGUAGCCACUAAUUCUAAAACUAACAAUCAUCAUUCCGUUAUUAAUUCAACUGAAGAAAAAAAUCGGUUUGAGAAGAAUCAUAAGAACAGUGAACACUUUACAGAUGAUAAAUGUACCCUUUGUAAUAAACUGUUCUUUAUCCCUAAUAACAUCACUGCUAGCGAUGCAAGUAACACCAAUAGCAAUACUACUAGUAUUAGUAGCACAAAUCUUGGCGGUAGAAUUUCAGAUGAAAAAGAAGACUCAUCAUUAUCGGGGAAGUCAGUGGUUGUAAAACAUUCUGAAAUAAAUUCCCUUGAAAACCCUACAAUUUCUUCUAGUACAAUAGCAAUGACACAAAAUAGAAAAAACAUUAUACCUAAUGGAUUUGUAAAUAGUGAUUCGUUAAAAACUGUGAUUUCAAAUUAUUCUGAUUAUCGAUUAUCGAAUUCGAAGAUCUCAAACUCGUUACCCAGUAGUCCAGUGCCAAGACAUAGUUUUACAAUGAAAAAUAAGCCUUCAUCAGAUAGCAAUGCUGCUAAUGACAGACGUGCUCAUAGUAAUAUAAAUAGUUUAACAGAUUCCCCAUUCACAUUCAAAGCUACACUUUCGCCGACUAUGACACAUCGUUUAGCUAUUCUUGCACGUAACUGUAAAAACAGUAUUGUUAGUAACAAUAAUAGUAUCAAUGGUAGCGAUUCUACCGUCUAUACAUCCAAUCGUUAUUCAAAUAAUUCAAUUUCAUCGUCUUCUUCACCCUUAUCAUCUCAUCGUGGAACAACAGUAGCUGCCAUAAAACAAAGAUUGGUAAAUCAAGGACUACGAAUUAAUUUAAACAUUCCAGUUAAGAAACUAUCAUGUACACGUUAUCGAGAUUAUGUAAGACGUCAAAAAAGAGGUUGUCCACAUACAAUUGAAUCAUUAUGGUUGAAUAAGAAUUUCAUGAAUAAUAUAUUUGUUUAUUUAACUGGAAAUGAACUGAUUCACUAUUCAAUCGUAUGCCGUACAUGGUAUGAAUUUAUGUGUUUAAAUGGUUUCCAGAAUAAAUUAUGCUUUGUUUUAAACAUCAAAAAAUUAAUUAGGGAAAUAGAAAACAGUCACGAGGAUUCAAAAUCGAAUCAAUAUGCAGACUAUAAAGAUCCAGUUAUUAUUUCAAACCAUAGUGAUCACAUUCCAUUGCCAAAUGAUUUAUUGUACAGUUAUUUAGAAGACUCUAUUCGAAUUCGCAUUGUAUCCGCUAUAAACAGACACCUGGAAACCAUUAAAAUUGUACAGUUAGUUGAGAGAUUUAGUUCAGUAUUGUAUAAUAUACUAGAAAUGCUAUUAAGCCCAAAUCACAACGUAAUUUUGACAUCAUUAUCACAAUCCUCCACUAUAGAAACGUAUUUCCCUCAGAUAAAUACAACAGUUGCAAACACCUUAACUAAAACUAAAACAUUCAACAACCGAAUCUUAUUGACAUCAAAUGAAAAUUAUUCAACAUGGAUAAAUGAAAAAGACGAGAAUAAUAACCCAAUGUUAAAGACAAAUGAUUUUAUUAAUUCAUUCCAAAACCAAGUGAAAAAACAACAACAACAAAAUGGUUUUAUACAAGACAAUAGUCUUAUAACAGUAAACUAUGCUAUACAAAAUAAAUUAUCAUUAAAUACUGAUUCACCUUCAGCAUCGAGUGAUACAUGGAAAUUAAAAAAAAUUAGUGAUUCUAAAAACUCUAUCUCUUCAAAUCGCUCAAGUCUGGAGAACAUUAAUAGUAAUUCAUCAUAUACACAUAAAUUCACUCAUAUAAUAUUUAAAUCAUGUAGUAUACUAGACCAAUCAUUGUCACGUUUAAUAAAUUUAUUUCCUUCCUUAAAACAAUUGGAAUUUGAGUGUUGUAACGAUUUUACUGAGUUAGCAUUUUGGUCUUGUCUUUUACCGAGCAUUGAAUGUUUAACAGUGUUUGAUUGCAUCAAUGUUUCAGAUGAAAGUAUGAAUGCGAUUGGACAUCUAUUACCAGAAUUAAAAUGUUUUAAAUUUCAAGCUUAUCAUAUAACAGAUGCAGCAUUAAGUUAUUUCAGUACAAAACAACGAAUUAAUAUGCAUACAAUGGAAUUGACUCAGUGUAUGGAUGUAACAAAUCAAGGUAUUAUGACACUGGCCUAUACGCUGAACAACCUACAAGUUUUGAGUUUAAGUGGAUGCAGCAAACUAACUGAUGACGGUUUAGAUGUGAUAUGUGAAAAUCUAAAACGUUUAAUAUCAUUGAAUUUAUCAUGGUGCUCGAAGAUCACUGACAGCGGAUUAGAAUGCGUGGCAUGUGAUUUAGUUCUGUUGAAAAAAUUACUACUAGAUAGGUAACUACAUGUUAAGACAAGUGAAGAAGUAAUGAUAGCAACUGGUACAAUAUACGAACUGAAAUUGAAAAUAAUACUUGCUGGCCAGAAUCAACUGAUAUGAAGCCUAAGUCCAGGAUUCUCCAUCUAUUGUUUUCAACUAUAUCAUAUCAGAAACAUAAUAUACCGCCAUGUUGAAUGGCUUAGUCUAGUGGUCGCAUUUUCACUUAAUCAAUAUAUUUCGAUUAGCAAUAGAGAUUAAAAAUCAGAACAUCGGUUACUAUUACAUGAUCGAUCAGUGUAUUCAAUUGAACAAACCAGUAUUACUUACCAAUUUGCAAAAUUAUACUAAGGUCGUCCAUCAUAGAUUAUUGUAAUUUUAUUACUACAAGAAAUUUACACAUUUUUGUUAACUAGAUAGACGUAAAUGUACAUAAAGCAUAUCUGUAACUUUUGCCUGUUCAAAACCAGUGUAGGUAUGGUAACUUGAAACAUUACAAUCCACUAACUUGGGCGACGUAAAAAAUAAAACAGCCAAGUCAUAGCUUCACACAAGUAGAUAUACUUUGAUCAUUAGAACUAAUACUGUAGUAUGAAUUUGUUACACAAGAUUCAAAUGUUGUAUAGUUCUUGACCAGCUACACGAAGAAUAUAUUUCUUUAUGUUAUUAGAUAAUAACCAUCUUAUUAAAUACUACAUCAAAGUAUAAUAAGAAAUUCUUAACACAAGAUAUAAAAUUUCGAUAUAAGUUCUUCUUAAUCAACAUUUUAAUUGUAAAAACCCAAUGACAAAAGUAUUAAAACAUUGUUUCAACCAGCCAAUUCUCUGAUUUACAAUUUUCUCUUUGAGUUGGUUAAAGUGAUAUGUAGAUUUUGCAUUUGAUUUUACUUAUGUGAAUCCUAAAUUACACGCUUCUCGUUUCACCAAUGAAUAACUAUGAGUAAGGAGCAUAGAUUGCAUUUGCUUACAUAACACUGAUCAGUUGCUUACACGAGUCCAAACGUCCAUUCACAAUCAAUUAACUAAUAAACACAAAAGGUUUAUCACCGACUUCACUGACAGACUUCUAGAUCCUAAUUCACACACUUUGGCUUUUUCUCGAGUGUUCAAGAGAUAGUAGGGAAUAAUGCAAGAAAUUAAAAAAAAUAACCAUUCAUUAACAAUUAACGGUUAUGAAUAAAUUAUUGUUAUUCAUAACCUUGCAUAGUAUAGAUAAAUAUUAAAAAUAUAUUUCCCCAAAGUUCAGAUGGACUCAAAUUGAUAUAAAAGCAAUGUUUUUUGUCCAUGAGUAAUUACAGCCCAUCAAUGAUAAAUCAAUUGUAUUCAUAAACAUACGUCUCAAUUGCUUAUUACUUUUAUGACUAGAAUAAUCAAACAACCAAUCAUAAUGAUAAUAAAGUGUAUUUCACUGAAUUUCUAUUGCAAUAACUUCCAACUCAAUAAUUUAAAUCAUUGUUAUAUGAUCUUAUUCUAGUGACUUUUUAUUGCAUGUUCGUAGCAUACGUAUACGUUAGAAAUUACAGCACUAAGUAAUUAUGUCAGGUAGCAGUCAUACACAACUAUCAUAACGUAUUUCAUCAUCACAAGUAAAAGUGAAAGAACCCCAAGGAUAAGCAUAAAACCCAUCCACCAACCUCGAUGCAAUUACAUCCUGAUUUGAAUGAAUAAUCGAGCGACAUAAGUCAUUAGUGGAGGCAUAAAGCAUUCUCUACAGAUUUUAGACUAUCAAAGAACUAGCACCAUUAAAAAUUCACAGAUCUAUAUCCACGAAAAGUGUACAGAAUUGACUGAUCUGGGAAUAAGCCAUUUAGCGACAAUGUCUAGUCUUCAACAUCUCAGCGUAAGAUGGUGUGUCAAUUUAUCAGACGGUAGUAUACCUCAUUUACUUAGUACGACAGGAUUAAAUUAUCUAUGCUUAAGUGGUUGUAAAAGGAUAACUGAGGAUGGUCUAUGUACAUUAGCUCGUCAUCCACGUUUGAAUUAUUUGGAAUUGGCUCAUUUACCAGCAGCUACACAACCAGUGAAGUUAUAUUUGAACAAAAAUUUACCCGGUUGUAAAUUAUUAUGUUAAUAAUAUAAAAUAUGUACAUAUCCAUAUACAUACAUACUCAUAUACAUAUACUUAUCAUUUUACAUUCUACGUCAUGUGGUAUAUAUAUAUCAUAAGACAAUUAUGCGUAAUUAAUACAUACCAUACAAGUAUUUUUUUUCUUCUAUCCCUUUCCAUUUUGUUCAUACAAAUCACGUCUUAUAACAAUUGAAAUCAAACAAAAUCACCUCUCGUCAACUUCUUCUGUGAUACAGUAUAUAAAUUAAUAAAUAACGCUUUUAUUUUCAAAAAUUUAUAUAUUUUUUGUGUUAUAUUUUCUGUUUACUCAAUAUAUAUAUAUAUAAUCUUGUUUAUCAUGACGUUUCCGCUUUUCUUAAAAAGAAAGUAAUGAGGGU